UGAAGAUCUACCAGCGCAGGUCUGUGCCAGACAUGAAGCCAUGGCAUGCGUUGCCAUUGCUGCUGCGCUCUUUUUCCGCCACACCGCAGCCCGCGGGUAGCCAGUGCAUGCUGCAGACCAAGUCCAUGCAGGCCAGCGACGCCUGCUUGUCUUUCAUCCACAUUCCCAAGACGGGCGGCACGACUGUGGAGGACUGCAAGCGCGAGGCGGUGGGCGGCCUGGAGGAGCUCGGGGAGAUUGGGGAUUGGAACACCUGCGCCAGCCUUCGCGGCAAGGAUCCGGUGACGCGGCUCUGGGGCAUGUGCGAUGACCAGCUGCUGUGCAGCGAUCCCCUGGGGAGCUUGGAGUGCUCGAGCUUGAGCACCGAGCCGGUGAGGCUGAAGCCAUCCCAGGAGCAGUCGCCACUGUGCAGCGUGGUCUCAACGUCCUGCAGCCGGUGGCACUUGCCGCCUGCCCUUGAUGAGCAGCUGAAGGCCUCCUACCACGCAGGUGCGUGCCACACCUUCUGCGUGGUGCGAGAGCCCCUCAGCCGCCUGAAGAGCGAGUGGUUGUACCGGCAGGACAUCGGUGAACUCGCGGACGCGUGCAGCAGCGAAGCGCUGGACGUGUUUAUUGAGACGGCUCUUGCCAAGGCGCGAAGCGACAUGCUGGCCUGGGAUUGCCACCUGAUGCCGCAGGCACGUCCUCCACUUGUGUACUACGUCUUCGCCGCGGGGGACCGGCGCCGGGAGAGGAUCUGCGAGCACGUGCUGAAGCUCGAGACCCUCGAGGAGGACUUUGAUGGGUUGAUGCAGGGCUACGGCCUCAGCUUGCGCUUGGGCGAGACCCGGCGAGAUGGGCGGAACUGCUCUGCCGAGCCUUCCAAGAAGAUGCGGCAGCUCGUGCAGGACUUCUACUCUGAAGACUACAUUGCCUUUGGCUACCCUUUCACCGACAUCUGAGCUGAGAGCUUGACUCACAAAGGGGGCAAGGGUUGAAAACAUGGCUUUGGCCUUCAACAUGUUCGUGCGCAAGGUGCAGGUUGCAUGGGGCCAGGGGUGGCAGGGCGAUCUUUUGGGCAUGAAACCAGC